UGGUCCUUGUGUGCUUCACUGAAAAUCAACAAGAGAAACUGAGACGGGUUUUUCACGGAGGGGAUUGUCAUUAAUACAAAAGAACCAAGGCAAGGAACUGUUCAAACAUCAUUUUUGGAUACCUAAUGGGGAGAUUGCAUUUGUAAGGUCAAAUGUUUAUUUUUUUGUCCCGAUAAAUCUUCGUUUUCGGGAUAUUUAUUUUAAAGCGCUCAGCAGGUGCAAGGGAGAUAAACCUCUGAAUCCGAAGCAAUCUCAGUGUUAAUGAAACUUUGCUCCGAUUUCCGUGCUGGGGAUGCCAUUCAUCAUGUUAAGGUAAAGCAGAAGAUCUCUCUUUUGAACAUGCUAAAGCGAUUGGACAAAAUAAGGUUUAGAGGUCACAAGCGAGAUGAAUUCCUUGAUCUAGCCGAAUCUCCCAAUGCAUCUGACAAUGAAUGUAACGAUGAAAUUCCAGUGAAACCUCGGGCUUCUUUAAAAGACACUGAAGAUAUCAGAGACCCUGCUGGUACAGGAACUCUUGCUAUGGCUUCAGCAAUCCAAGAUUUCCAGAGAACAGAAUCUGAGAGGCUAAAUGAGAUCAAGGGUCAUCUUGAAAUUGCCUUACUGGAAAAACACUUCUUGCAGGAAGAACUAAGAAAACUAAGAGAAGAAACUAAUGUUGAGUCAUUAAAACAGGAACUAGAAAAAGAAAGGCAAAAAAGAAUAGAACUGGAGCAAAAAGUCAAUGACGUUCUGAAAUCAAGAAUGGAAGAAUCCCAGCCACCUCCAAAAGCACAGCCAGCUCCUGUCAAUGGAACAGAUAAAAGAAAUGAAACACUCUGUUCAAGAAUACAGAAAUGGCUAUAUGAUAAGUUUGGGGCAUAUAUAGAGGACUUCAGAUUUCAACCAGAAGAAAACACUAUAGAGACUGAAGAACCACUAAGUGCUAAACGGUUAACUGAGAAUAUGAGACGACUCAAGCGAGGUGCCAAACCGGUAACAAAUUUUUUAAGGAACCUUUCGGCCUUAUCCAAUUGGCACUCUGUGUACACGUCAGCAAUUGCCUUCAUAAUUUACAUGAAUGCUGCAUGGCAUGGCUGGGCCAUACCUAUGUUCCUGUUUCUAGCCAUUCUGAGGUUAUCCUUAAAUUACCUCAUUGCAAGGGGUUGGAGGAUUCAGUGGAGCAUUGUGCCUGAAGUUUCAGAACCUAUGGAACCUCCAAAGGAAGAUCUUACAGUAUCAGAAAAAUUUCAACUAGUCCUUGAUGUUGCACAGAAGGCACAGAACCUGUUUGGCAAGAUGGCAGAUGUCUUGGAAAAAAUUAAAAAUCUGUUCAUGUGGGUUCAGCCAGAAAUAACGCAGAAGCUUUACAUAGGGCUCUGGGUGGCUUUCAUUUCAUCAUGCUUCUUGCCCUACAAACUGAUGGGCUUCAUAAUAGGGGUAUAUGCUGGAAUAAAGUUUUUCAUUAUAGAUUUUAUCUUCAAACGCUGCCCAAAACUCAGAGACAAGUAUGAUACCCCCUAUAUUGUCUGGACGAGUUUACCAACAGACCCACAGCUCAAAGAAAGGACAAAUGCCACAGUGUCAAGACGGGUUCAACCAGUUGCAUCCAGAAGCAGUUUGGGAACCAAUGCACCAUGUGGGAUCAAUAGAGAAGAAGAAGGUGGGCGAUCACACAGCACCAAAAAAGGCGCAUUCCAUGAAAUCUUUAAUUUAGCAGACACAGAACGCCCUCUGCCUGCCUGUGAAAAUGGUUGGCGUUGCUGCUUGAUAAACAGAGACAGGAAGAUGCCCACUGACUAUAUUCGGAAUGGAGUGCUGUAUGUAACAGAAAAUUAUCUCUGUUUUGAAAGCUCCAAGUCAGGUUCAUCGAAGAAAAAUAAGGUGAUAAAACUAAAUGACAUUACAGAUAUUCAAAAGUACAAAGUGCUGUCUGUUUUGCCAGGAUCAGGAAUGGGUAUUUCAAUAGCAACACCAUCCACACAGAAGCCACUCGUGUUUGGUGCCAUGAUUCACAGAGAUGAGGCCUUUGAGACAAUUUUCACCCAGUACAUGAAAAUAAUGUCAUCAGCAUCCAACAAUGAAACCUAGCAGCCUGAGUGCAGAACAUACUAAUUUCCUCUGUGAUUGUGGGAGGGGGCAGGAUCUCCUUUGCCUGCUUUGCAAUACUUUUUUUUCAGGUCGUGGAGAUUUGUAUUGUACAGAUUGUGUAUUUUGUACUUGCCUGUUUAAUUUCUUCAUUUUUAAUUAACUGUAAUUAUCACUGCAAGCCUUGCACAGGAAGCACUUUUAGCAUUUGUUUACAAGUGCUUUGAAAGUGUGAGAAAAUAGAAUUUAGGAUUCACUUGGGCAAGACAAAUUAUAGCCUUUUUUAACUUGCAUUUAAAAUUGCAGUUUGUCAGCCAUGCAUAUUUUGGAAACACUUUUGUUUGAGAACCUGGUAUAGUUGGAUACGAACAACAGAUCAGCUUUUGUGAACCCAGUCAUUUUAAAAUAUGUGACAUAUUUAUUGCCUUUUCUUUUUGUAUUAAAACAUUUCACUCCAUGAUUAUUGGAAUGCCUUCUUUAAUACCAAAAGAUGAAAACAUACCAAUUGAAAUGCUGAUGAUAAUUCACAGCUUAUUUUUUUUAAUUAUUGCAGUGGAUCCUACUAAUAUUAUUCAAAUUAUUUAACUGGAGACUUGAACCAAAGCAAAUUUAUUAUUAACAACCAAUAUUCAUUUUAUUGCACUAUUAAAUGCCUAGAAACAGCUAGUUAUUACAAAUCAAUCUUCAUAUAUAUAUAUUCCACUUUCUUAGCAUGAAUAUAUUACAAUGGCACAUUAUUACGUAUAUUGUAUAACUGAUUUGUAGCACAAUUCUUAAAAUGUUUAUACAAUGUAAUGAUUUAUGGAAAAUUCCUAAACUAAAGUGUUACCAAUAUUUUAUGGCUGAAAGGUCCAGAUACUGACAAUGCCUGUUGAAUACAACGUAUUUCAGAUUGGUCCAACAAUGUUUCAGAGUGCUUGCUUGAUGAAAUUAAUUAGUCAUCUUGACGUUUCUUUCAUUGGGUGAUUCUGUUUUCAUCACACAAUUCAUACAAAUAGCCAAAACUAAAGCAAAAAUAUUUGGUCAUUUAUAUUAUAACUGUCAUUCAGUAGGUUGGAGGUGUCUGUUAAUCUACAAUUACAUUACAUAUACAGUUCAAAAUACGCUUUACUAGAUUAGACCUUUCUGUUUAGUCAGAGUUUUACAGUACAGUAAGACAGAAACAGAAACUGCACACUCUGCAGUGCAACUACUGUAUACGCCUUGUAGCAUCUCUGCUUUAGAAGAGAUCCUUUAAGGUCAUUUAAAAAGGUUCCCACUUUAAAUUAGAUAAUACAUAUAAUAAAUCCCACAGCUAGAAUAUCAAAAUGAGAAAUACAUUUAUAGUACAACAUUUCCUUGCACUACCACUAUACUUGCUAACCUCUUGCACUGUACAUAAUGCCCAUUUAAUAAAUUCAUCAUAGUGUCCCUUACAAACGUCAGAGGAAAAAGGUUUGACUUCAUUUAUGGGCAGUUACUGCUUUGCCAUUCUGUAUUAAAGCUGGUCUUUUUUUAAAGGAGGUUCUGACCUUUAGGACAAACAUUGAACAGCUGACAGAGACAUUAAACAUUUAUCAGUCCCAUGCCAAAGCAUUUACUGUGUCUUGCACUUUGUUUUAAAAGGCAGUUGUAUUAAUGGGUAGGUACUGUUGCACAGGUAACCACACUAUUGACAGUUUCACAUUGUCAUUUACUGUAUGUUUUGCUCAGUAGCUCAGGUGGUGGUCAUUAUGAAUACCUUGGAAGAGCUCUCAUGAAAAGAAAAACAAUACGGGAACUCUCUUAAACAGUGAUCAGAUUCUUAGUGGUCCUGUAUUCAGAAUUGUGUGUUGAAAGCGUUUUUCCUUUUUUUUGCAUCAAGAACAGGCCAGUUCAGUUCAGCAGUGCUUCACAUAUGAGCACUCUUUUAGAGUUUCAUAUAAAUUGUGAUCGUGCCAUUUGCUUGUUUUCAGAUUUUCAGUUUCAGAAUUCCAAUCACAUUUGUAUAUAUUACCAAAACAGCAAGUACAUAAGUGAGUGCCCCCUUAACUUUUCAAUGUAUUCCCAUUUUACUGGAGAUCUUGCUAGCAUACAUCAAGGUGGUCUUCCAAUUUUCUUGACUUGCGUUUGUGUGUCUCUGCAAAGGGAGUGAACACGGUAGCAGAAAGCAUUGUCACAUUCUAAACAAUAUGCCAAGUUUCAUUAGAUCACCUUGCAAAAAAUGUAUGUUGUGAUUUAUUUACAAAAGCAAAAAGAAAAGAUACUUAUUAAUGUGUUUAUUCUAAUCUGUAGAUCCUAGGAAACAAGACCUGUAGUCUAAAUAAGGCUGUUCUGUUUAAUGCUCAUACCCAAAACCACUUAGCUGAUACCACUAACCUUGAAACUGCCUUUGUAUUCCCAGAAUGCAAGCAGUGUAGAAGACCAUACUAAAGAAGCACAGAAUGUAUUUUAAAAGGUAUAGUUUUGCCAAAUGCUAAUUCUCAUCUUUAGGUUACAGCUUGAUUAUGUUCUGCCUAAACUUAAAUGUUUACAGAAGGUUUGUUUAAGCUCCACUGUUUGCAGCUUCUGUUACAGAAGUAAAGCUAGUUUGAAUCCCAUGAGUGGAACGGGGCAUGAUAACUGGCUAUAUAUCUUUUUCUACUGAAACAUCAGUGUGAAUGUCAGUGUCCUUUCUGAAUGGUCAUAGACAAUUCACAGGCCAAUUUAAAAAAACAUGUGUAACAUGUUAACAUGUGUGAACAGUGUAAAUGAAAAUGGUUUUACUGUAAUUAAAUAUUUGCUUUUCUGACGUUUGUUUAAUUCAGUCAAAGGUUCCUAGCAGUACUUUGUACAGCCAUUAAGAAGACAGAAUACAUUAUUAAAGGUAUUAAGCCAUACUAACGUCUGAUAGUAGAACAGAAUACGUGUAAGGCGAUCUUGCAUUAUUUAAGGUUAUUCUGAACUUUAUAUACUAUAUACUGAACUUUAAUAAUUUAAUUGAAACAUAGAUAAUGUCAUGUGACAUGAACACUUUCUUCUGCUGUUACGUUUUAAAACUCAAGAUUUCUUGUUUUAACGAGACUGCAGUUCUGGUUUUUUUUAGGAAAAAAAGAUUGCCAUGACCAUCCAGAAAGGUGCACAAUAUUGUUUUAUAAAUAUGUGUAGUUCUUGGUGUUAACAAAGUAUUAGUUCUAUAUGUGUGUAAAUGUUGGCUAUUUUCGUAAUAUUCCCGAUCAGUAUGAAAAAUGAAAGAUGACAUUUCUUGAAGUCAAUUUAAAAAGAGUUGUGAAUACUUAUUUGUAAUCCAUGUUGCCGGUGUCUGCAGACAAAUGAUGAAGCAGGAAUUUAUAAGAAAUGUACAAAAUUUCCCUGUAAAGUUUUUAAAGAGAAUGAUGUCUAUUGUAAAAACUGUGUUGUACAUUUUUUUAAUUUAAGUAAAUGAAUUUAAACUAC